AUGGAAGCAGCAGUAGCAGCAGCAGCAGCAGCAGCAGGACCCGACGAUGGCUGCUAUGCCGAGUCGCAGGCAGGGGUGUUGUCGGGCCUCGGGCAGACGCUGGUGCAGCUGACGGCCGCCGACACGCGGGCGCUGCUGUCCGAUGCCAGCGCGGUGCUACGCGGCCCCGAGAGCCAGGCGUCGGCCGCAGCCAUAGUGCGCCGUCUAGGCGAGCUGAACCCCGACAUUGGGAGCCAGUUCCACCCCAAGGAGGAGGCCGUGUCACGGCUCCCGCUGCGCAUGCUCCUGCCUGCGGCGGCUACAGCAGAGAAGCCGGCCGUGACCUCCUUCGUUGUCGUUAGCUACUGCUGGCACUAUCCCGGGUGGCCGUUGGCGGCAGCGGCGCAGCCCAUCGCGCCCGGAUGGGACAUCUCACGGCCGAUGGUAGACGCCGUGAUGGGACUAGUGAAGGGGCCCGGCGAGGGGGUGUGGCUGGACAAGCUGUGCAUCAACCAAGCAAGCAACCGCGACCGGACGGCCCACGUGGCUGCCAUGGACAUUGUGUAUCGCUCAGCGCGUCGGGUGGCGAUCCUGCUCGAGGACGUGCAGCUGGCGGCCGACGAGGAGGCAGCCGGACUGGUGUACGCCGGCUUCUACGCCGACUUGUCGCGGGAGCUGGCCGAGAACGGGCUCGAGGGUGCCGCCAAGUCCGACUUCUUCUUCGGGUAUUUUCCCCGGCGCGAGCAGCAAGAGGCGGCGGCGUCGGCGGCGUCUGGCGGCAGCAACCCUCUCAAGGCGGGCAGGGCGUUUGCUAUGAAGAUGCUUGGGGCACGGUGGUAUAGCCGCGCGUGGUGUGCACACGAAAGCCGCGUCGCCUCGCACCGCAAGAUCGACAACCCGCUGUUCCUGUGCUAUGGACACGACGGGCGCGUGCUUCAGUUUGAGUUCCGCUUCGUGCACUACGUCUCCAUGUACUUGAGCGAUAGUGACCCGUCCCCGUCGGAUUCGGUGAGCAACGUGCACGCCAUGUCGCAGGCCCUCGGUGACCCGAACCCGGUCACGCUCCGGCAGCGCUACUGGCGGAUCUUGAAGCUGAUGCCCGAUGCCACUCGGGGGAUCUCGGCCAUGCAGCAUCUUAUCAGCAUCCUGUCGCACGGUUGCGCACAGCAAGGCGACUUGAUGUCCAUCGCCCUGAACACGGCCGGGGUUCCGCUGUACUACCGCGGCGAUGCUGUGAAAACGGUCGAGGACGUCAUUUGGAUAUUUUCCCUGCUCGUGCUCGCAGCCGGGGAUGUAAUGCCGCUUGUCGUUGACGGGCCAGAGUCCAAGAUUGUCUGCGGCACUGGAACCGGCGAAGAGACCUUGUCCUGGAUGACCAGGCCAAGGCAAGGAGCGCGAGAGGAGCAGCUGCUUACUCCUUGGCCUCACUCGAUCACAGCCGCCACCGCUCAGUAUAUCGAGUUAGAUCUUCUCCUCUUUGCAUCCCAGCCGCAGAAGCCCUCUCCCGAUUCACUCGACGUAGCGACGAGCUUCAUCGAAGAACAUGGCCUCAAAGUCCUAGCACGAGAGUUUUUGGCUGUGGCCGACAAAGAUGUCUCGCACCAAGUUCAACUUGGAGUUGACGUGCUGAAAACCCACAACCGCGACGGCCCAAGCGGGCCACUCGGCGUGUUUCUCCAGCCGUGGCUCGGGAGAGCCAUCGACAGCGGGCUCGGGUGGGUACUUCAGUUUCCCGAUGCCAUGAGGGCCGACACCGUCGGGUGGCAGCACGGGACCAUGGGCGAAGCCGCCGAUCCUCGACUCGCGCACGCUGCAUCCUCACUACUCUCCAUUUUGAGAAAGCCCAGCAGCAGCGAACAGGGCGAGACAGAACAGGACGAGACAGAAGAGAAGGCAGACGACGAGAAGCACGGGGGGGUCGAGGUGGAAAUUCAAGAAUUGACAGAAAAGAGAGAUCUACAAGAAAGUGCAGAGGAAAGUGAGAGGAGUGUCCAACCCGGCGGACAGGGCGCCCAACAAAAGAGCGAAGAACAUGAAAGGGAUGACACGACAAAGAGCGAGCACACGCUCCACACAGUCAUCCGGUUCCUUACAUGCCUGCUCGACCCUAGGCUUCCGCUUUUCCACUUCAACCCGCGGGGUAUCAAGCUGGGGCAGGGCCCAUCCGGACAGAGCCAUCAUAUCACUACGCCGUCCGUGAGCAACCGCUCGUGGGUAGCCGUGCCGGUCGCGGUGGCGCACCUGCCGGGCUGGCAGAAAAAGGCGUGGGUGGUCGAGCCAUUCGACCCCGAGGCCGCGCUCGAGGACGCCGCUGACCACCUCGCGCGCGCGCCGACGCUGGCUGAGCUAGAGGCGGCAGGGAAAGUUGUUAGUGACCUGCAGAUGAAAGACGUCUACCCCGUGCUUGAUUCGGGCCCUGGUAACGACUGUCGGGAACCGCGCAACGACGCCCGGGCGACGUGGCGUCUGCGACGGCGGCAGGUGUUGUUUGGCUGGGAGCGGCCGCUCGUCGACGCUGCCGUUGAUGCGGACAGAGCAGGCGUGGACGGCGCGCCAUAUGUGGUGCGCUUGAACAAGCAGCGCAUGUACGGCGCCGACGACUACGACUGGAAGGCGAUACACGCUUCCGUCUUGAGAGUCAACGAGGGUUUGGGGCUGACUGCGAAGGCCGAGUAA